AUGCCGGCUCUCCCAUCAUUCAACUGCAAAUUGCUUACCGGCUUGCUUUACGCGGCCACUGCCGUUGGUGUUCUCAAGAUCUCGGCAAAAAUCUACGGCUUUUUGUCGUUGAUUGUCAACUUGUUCCUCCUUCCUCCGGUCGACUACAGCAAGUUUGGAGCCAAGAAAGGUGCGUGGGCCGUUAUCACGGGAGCUUCCGAGGGAAUUGGCCAAGAGUUUGCCAAACAGCUUGCAUCUAGAGGCCUGAACGUGGUGCUUGUGUCGAGAACCCAGGCCAAACUCGAGGAGAUCGCCACCGAGAUCGAGUCCAAGUACAAAGUGCAGACCAGAGUUGUUGCUGCCGACUGCUCCAAAAACACCCCAGAGCUGUACGCUUCUCUGUACAAGGCGAUUGAGGAGCUGCCUGUGUCUGUUCUGAUCAACAACGUUGGUCGGUCGCACGCGGGUCCUGUUUUGCUCGAGGAAACGCCAGACGACGAGCUCGAAAACAUCCUCACCAUCAAUAACGCGUUCCUGGUCAAAAUGACCAAGCUGACCAUCCCAUUGAUCGACAGAACCGUCAAGUCCAAGCAGGCCGCUAAGGGUCUGAUUGUCAACGUUGGCUCGUUUGCCGGUCUGUUCCCAACCCCAUACCUUGCAGUUUACUCUGGAUCCAAGGCGUUCUUGCAAAACUUCUCGCAGGCCCUGUCUAUUGAGCUGAAGGAGAAGAACAUCGAGGUGGAACUGAUUCUGGCGUACUUUGUCACGACUGCACUUUCUGCGAUCAGAAGAUCGUCGUUCUUCAUCCCAACACCAAAGAAGUUUGUGGCCGCCACGCUCAGAAACAUGGGCAGAAGAGGCGGGGCCCAGGACAGAUUUGCAACCAGCUCUCCAUACCCUUCACACGCACUGAUCAACUACGUUGCCAACAAUACACUGGGUGUUUUCUCUGAGUGGAUUGCCCAGUCCACUUACAACAACAUGAAGAUCACCAAGGCUAAGAGACUGCGCAAGUUGCAGAAACAGAAGGCCGCCAAAGCAGAGUAG